AUGGAGUGCAACAAGGAUGAAGCUAUGAGGGCUAAGCAGAUUGCUGAAAAUAAGAUGCAAGCUGGUGACUAUGAAGGAGGGCUGAAAUUUGCUACAAAAGCCCAAAGGCUGUUUCCUGAUAUUCAGAACAUUGCACAGAUCCUUACAGUUUGUGAGGUCCAUUGUGCUGCACAGAAGAAACGCACUGGGUCUGACAUGGACUGGUAUGGUAUUCUUCAGACUCAACAGUCUGCUGAUGAAGCAACGGUAAAGAAACAGUAUAGGAAGCUUGCACUGCUACUUCAUCCUGACAAAAAUAAAUCUGCUGGGGCAGAGGCUGCUUUCAAGUUGAUUGGUGAUGCUAACAGAGUGUUGAGUGACCAAACGAAGCGUACUUUGUAUGACUCAAAGCUUGGUGUUCCUGGGGGAAAUACAGCAGCUAAGGUUGCACCUCGUCACCCAAAUGGAAAUGCUUUUGGGACAAAAUGUGAUGGAAAUUCAAGAAAUUUUCAGAACAGUUUUAACUCACAACCCCAAGCUUGGAAUUCAUAUCAUCGGGUUGAAAAUCAGACAUUCUGGACAUCUUGCCAUCAUUGUAACACGAGAUAUCAAUACUUCAAAACCAUUUUAAAUCACACCAUACGCUGUCAACAAUGUUCUAAAUCCUUUACAGCUCAUGAUAUUGGGAACCACAAUGUGCCACCAGCAUAUUGGUCACCUUUUAAGAACCACAAUGAGUCUCCACAACAUGCAUCAUCAAAAGAAGCGUUCAAAAGCAAUGGUGGAAAAUCAUGUGGUAGAGAAGAGGAGGGUGUAUCAAUGUCAAAAUGCACUGCUGGAGUUGGUGCCUAUUCUAAAGUUGCGAAGAGCAGAAAUGGCCAUGUGGCUGCGGGAGUGACAAUGGCUGGUGUUGAAGGGUCCAGCCCCACUAAGUCUAAAGCCAAGGAAUCACAAGCCUCGACAAAGGUUGGAUGUAAGAGAGGGAGGCAGUCAACUUUAGACGAUGAUAACAAAAAUGGAAAUGGUCGAGGUAUGAAAGAUACGAAGGAUCAAGAAAAAAAGGUUGAUCCUCAUAGGACAUCUUCAAGUAAGAAAGACCAUGUUCUGUACCCAGAAACCAAUAAAGAAGGUGAGUUUGGGAGUUCUUCCAAAAGGCCACGACGUCAUGAAUCAUUUACCCCACCUAAAGUCGAGGAAAAAGAAAUGCCAGCAGCUGGUGGGUUGUUCAGUGACCUUAAUCCAGCCUAUUGUGCUUCUGGUGUGGGUGUUCAAAAUGUAGAGACAAGAAAUAAAGCAAGUGAACCACCUGAAGAAACAGUUUUGAGGAAUGAAACCAAAGUUGAGAAGACAAAUGUGCAAAGAAAGGAGGUAUCCUACUCAGAUCUCAAUGAUAGAAAGUCAAAAGCUGACAAUUGUUCUCCAGUGAAGUCUAGUUUACCUCCCAGUUCAGAGAUUUUCUGUCCUGAUCCAGAUUUCAGUGAUUUUGAGAGAGAUAAGGCAGAGGAUUGUUUUGCUGUUAAUCAAUUAUGGGCUAUUUUUGAUAAUAAUGAUGGCAUGCCACGAUUCUAUGCUCUUGUCAAGAAAGUGUACUCCCCUUUUAAGUUGCGGAUUACUUGGCUAGAAGCUGACUCAGAUAACCAAGAUGAGUUUGACUGGCAUGAAGCAGGUUUGCCUGUUGCCUGUGGUAAGUUCAGACUUGGUGAUUCUCAGAGAACAUCAGAUCGAUUUAUGUUCUCUCAUCAGAUGCAUUGCGUAAAAGGAAGUGGCAGCCGUACAUAUCUGAUAUAUCCAAAGAAGGGUGAAACUUGGGCAAUUUUCAGAAAUUGGGAUCUAGGAUGGAGUUCAAAUACAGAAACGCAUUUGGAGUAUCAAUUUGAAUAUGUUGAAGUUCUAUCUGAUUUUGAUGAAAAUGUUGGCAUUGAAGUUGCUUAUCUUGGCAAACUGAAAGGAUUUGUUAGUCUCUUUCAGCAAACUGCGUUGAAUGGUGUUAGUUUAUUUUGUAUUAAGCCUGAUGAGAUAUACAGGUUCUCACACCGGAUUCCUUCAUACAAGAUGACAGGUGCUGAAAGGAAAGGUGUUCCAAGUGGAUCUUUUGAACUUGAUCCUGCUGGUCUGCCUACUUGUCUUUUUGAAGUUGAUGAUCCUGGUGUUGUGAAGACGGAUGGAGUCAAUUGUUCGCACAGUGAAUACUCAAACUGUAAAAUUGAACAGGCAAUAUCUAAUGAUAGUAUUCACAAAACAAAGUUGGAAGAGAGUAUUGAUGCGGAAAGAGAAGGACAAAUCCUCAGAAGGUCUACAAGGUCGAGCCAAAAAAGUAUGGACAAUGGUCAAGCUAGCACUGGUCAAUUCACGGUCAGAAAGGAUAACAUAAGCAUUGCCCACAUGUACGACAGUCCACCAGAAGGAAACACUGCUGCACCUCAGAAAGAUGUGAAAAAUAGUUAUGAUGGAGAGACGUUGAAAGCUCGAAAGUCGCCUAGAGAUCUAAGCAGCAAAAAUCCUCAAGGAAAUGCAUAUGAAAGGACAACAGGUAAGGUGACUGUUAAUCAGUCAAAAAACAGAAAAAAUGUGAAGAGCAGCAACAUUCCUCAGUCGGUGCAAGAAUCAUGUGAUGACUUGAAGAAGGAAAGGUCUGAAAAGAUGUUUCAGUGUGGUCAGAUAUGGGCAAUAUAUAGUGAUAGGGAUCAUAUGCCCAAUACUUACGCACAAAUCAAGAAGAUUGAAUACAAUCCUAGUUUUAGAUUGCAGGUGUCCAUGCUUGAACCCUGCUCACCACCAAAUGACUUUAAAAAAACAUUAUCUUGUGGCACCUUCGAAGUUAAAAAAACCAACUUACAAUUUCUUUCCCGCUCAGCAUUCUCUCAUCAAUUAAAAGUUGAACCCCUGGUAAAUAAUAGAUAUGAAAUUUACCCUAGAAAAGGUGAGGUUUGGGUUCUGUCCAAGGACCAGAACUAUGAACUGACUUCUCCAGAGCAGGGCAGAGGUAACUGUCAUAUAGUAGAAGUAUUAGCAGAUAGUGACAAGAGUAUACAAGUUGUUGUUCUGACGCCACAUAACAACUCUCGGACAAUUUUCAAGGCUCCUAGAAUUCAGAGAUCAAAAACUGGUGUAAUUGAAAUAUUAAGAGAAGAGGUUGGCAGAUUUUCACAUCAGAUUCCUGCUUAUCAGCACAGUGACAGUGUUCAUCGCAGAGGGUGUUGGGAGCUUGAUCCUUCUUCAGUUCCAGGUUCUUUCGUACCAAUAGACUGA